CCAGCCUGUAGUCCACACGCAGAUACAGCACGAGCAUCUCCUUGUGAACGCUAACCAUGGCUGAAGGAGGAGAAGGCGAGGAUGAAAUCCAGUUCCUGCGAACUGAUGAUGAGGUGGUCCUACAGUGCUCAGCCACAAUCCAUAAGGAGCAACAGAAACUCUGUCUGGCUGCUGAAGGCUUUGGAAACAGACUCUGCUUUCUUGAAUCCAUCUCCAACUCCAAGAAUGUGCCUCCAGAUCUGUCCAUCUGCACUUUUGUGUUGGAGCAGUCACUGUCGGUACGAGCUCUUCAGGAGAUGCUGGCCAACACAGAGGAGAAGGCUGAGGGGCAUGUAGUGGUGGAAAUAUGGACGGCCCAGGGUGGCGGCCAUCGCACCUUACUGUACGGACAUGCCGUCCUGCUGCGACACUCCUACAGUGGAAUGUACCUGUGCUGUCUGUCCACCUCCCGCUCAUCCACAGACAAACUGGCUUUUGAUGUUGGACUGCAGGAAGAUACCACAGGCGAGGCAUGCUGGUGGACCAUCCAUCCAGCAUCAAAGCAGCGGUCAGAGGGGGAGAAGGUUAGAGUGGGAGAUGAUCUCAUCCUGGUCAGCGUCUCUUCUGAAAGAUAUCUGCAUCUGUCCUACGGUAAUGGCAGUCUCCAUGUAGAUGCAGCCUUCCAGCAGACACUAUGGAGUGUGGCUCCCAUCUGUUCUGGCAGUGAAGUAGCACAAGGUUUCCUGAUAGGAGGGGACGUCCUGCGCCUCCUUCAUGGUCACAUGGACGAGUGUCUAACUGUUCCAUCUGGAGAGCAUGGGGACGAGCAGAGGAGGACAGUGCACUAUGAGGGGGGAGCAGUAUCCAGUCAUGCCAGGUCCCUGUGGAGGUUGGAGACACUGCGUGUUGUGUGGAGUGGGAGUCAUAUCCGCUGGGGUCAGCCUUUCAGACUGAGACAUGUGACCACAGGGAAGUAUCUGAGUCUAAUAGAAGACAAGUCCCUGUUGCUGAUGGACAAAGAAAAAGCUGAUGUCAAGUCGACAGCCUUUUGCUUCAGGUCCUCCAAGGAAAAGUUGGACCCUGGGGUGAAGAAGGAGGUGGAUGGCAUGGGUGUUCCUGACAUUAAGUAUGGAGACUCUGUAUGUUACAUCCAACAUGUUGACACCUGCCUGUGGCUUACGUACCAGACUGUUGAUGCCAAGUGUGCACGCAUGGGAGGAGUACAGAGAAAGGCCAUCAUGCACCAUGAGGGUCACAUGGACGAUGGGCUGACACUGUCUCGGUCACAACAUGAGGAGAGUCGCACUGCCAGAGUCAUCCGCAGUACUGUGUUUCUGUUCAACCUCUUUAUCAGGGGUCUGGACACACUAAGGAAAAAAGGGAAGAGCUCCACCUUAGAUCUACCAAUAGAUUCAGUCAGUCUGAGUCUGCAGGAUCUGAUUGGCUACUUCCAACCACCUGGAGAUCACCUGGAACAUGAAGACAAGCAGAACCGACUGAGAGCUCUGAAGAACCGGCAGAACCUCUUUCAGGAAGAGGGAAUGAUCAGCCUCGUAUUGGAGUGUAUUGAUCGUCUUCACGUCUACAGCAGUGCAGCUCAUUUUGCUGAAGCAGUAGGAAGGGAGGCGGGAGAGGCCUGGAGCUCCAUCCUCAACUCCCUCUACCAACUACUGGCUGCACUGAUCAGAGGUAACAGGAAGAACUGUGCUCAGUUUUCCGGUUCAUUGGACUGGCUCAUUAGCAGACUGGAGAGACUGGAGGCCUCUUCUGGUAUACUGGAGGUGCUUCACUGUGUGCUGGUGGAGAGUCCUGAGGCACUGAACAUAAUCAAAGAGGGGCACAUCAAAUCCAUCAUAUCCCUGCUGGACAAGCAUGGACGCAACCACAAGGUUCUGGAUGUGUUGUGUUCACUGUGUGUGUGUCACGGCGUGGCAGUGCGCUCCAACCAGCACCUGAUCUGUGACAACCUGCUGCCAGGAAGAGAUCUGCUACUGCAGACCCGCCUGAUCAACCACGUAAGCAGCAUGCGUCCCAACAUCUUCCUGGGAGUCAGUGAUGGCUCUGCUCAGUAUAGGAAGUGGUACUACGAGCUGAUCGUGGAUCAGGCACUGCCGUUCGUCACAGCAGAGGCUUCUCACCUCAGGGUGGGCUGGGCUAACACCAGUGGCUAUGCACCCUACCCCAGUGGGGGUGAGGGGUGGGGCGGCAACGGGGUGGGUGAUGACCUCUACUCCUACGGCUUUGAUGGACUCCAUCUUUGGUCAGGCUGCAUUGCGCGGACUGUCAGCUCACCUAAUCAGCAUCUUCUGAGAGCAGAGGAUGUGGUGAGCUGCUGCCUGGACCUCAGUGUGCCCAGCAUCUCCUUCAGGAUCAACGGCCAGCCGGUUCAAGGCAUGUUUGAGAACUUCAACUCUGACGGCCUCUUCUUCCCUGUGGCCAGCUUCUCUGCAGGAGUCAAGGUGCGCUUCCUCCUUGGGGGUCGUCAUGGGGAGUUUAAGUUCCUCCCCCCUCCAGGUUACGCUCCCUGCUAUGAGGCGGUGUUACCCAGGGAGAAACUGAAACUGGAGGCCAGUCAGGACCAGACUGCAGCCAGAGACCUGCUGGGACCCACUGUCACCUUGAGCCAGGCAGCAUUCACCCCCACACCUGUGGACACCAGCCAGAUUGUGCUGCCACCUCACUUGGAGAGGAUCAGGGAGAAGCUUGCAGAAAACAUCCAUGAACUGUGGGUGAUGAACAAGAUAGAAUUGGGCUGGACCUACGGUGUGGUGCGAGAUGAUAACAAGCGGCAACACCCCUGUCUGGUGGAGUUCUCCAAGCUUCCUGAACAAGAACGAAGCUACAACUUACAGAUGUCUCUGGAGACUCUCAAAACUCUCCUGGCCUUAGGCUGCCAUGUUGGCCUAGCAGAUGAACAUGCUGUAGAGAAAGUCAAGAGCAUGAAACUGUCACCGACCUAUGAGUUGUCCGGUGGUUAUAAACCUGCUCCUUUGGACCUGAGUCACAUCAAACUGACCUCCACCCAGGAGGCCAUGGUGGACAAACUGGCUGAGAAUGCACACAACGUCUGGGCAAGAGAUCGCAUCCGCCAGGGCUGGACCUAUGGCAUCCAACAGGAUGUGAAGAAUCGUAGAAACCCUCGUCUGGUCCCCUAUAUCCUGUUGGAUGAGAGAACCAAGAAGUCCAACAAAGACAGUCUGAGAGAGGCUGUUAGGACUUUGCUUGGAUAUGGAUACAACCUGGAGGCUCCUGACCAGGACCACGCAGCUCAAUCUGACCACAACAACGUAUCUGCUGAGAGGUUCCGUAUUUUCAGAGCAGAAAAAACCUACUGUGUUAAUGCAGGAAAGUGGUACUUUGAGCUGGAGGUAUUAACAGCAGGAGAGAUGAGGGUGGGCUGGGCCAGGCCCGGAUGCCUCCCAGACCAGGAGCUGGGAUCUGAUGACCAGGCCUUUGUCUUUGAUGGUUUCAAGGUCCAGCGUUGGCACCAGGGUAAUGAGCAUUUUGGGCGUGCCUGGCAGACAGGGGACGUGGUGGGUUGCAUGGUGGAUCUUAACGAACACACCAUGAUGUUCACACUUAAUGGAGAAGUGCUGCUGGAUGACUCUGGAUCUGAGCUGGCCUUCAAGGACUUUGAAGUGGGUGAAGGUUUUAUCCCAGUGUGCAGUCUUGGUUCGUGUCAAGUGGGAAGAAUGAACUUCGGUAAAGACGUGAGCACCCUGAAGUACUUCACCAUCUGUGGCUUGCAGGAAGGUUACGAACCGUUUGCUGUCAAUAUGAACCGAGACGUCACCAUGUGGCUCAGCAAGAGGCUUCCUCAGUUUGUUCCUGUACCACCCAACCACCAGCACAUAGAGGUGACAAGGAUAGAUGGGACAGUGGAGUCAUGUCCUUGCCUAAAGGUCACCCAGAGGUCAUUUGGCUCACAGAACAGUUACACUGACAUUACUUUCUACAGACUGAGCAUGCCCAUAGAGUGUGCAGAAUCCUUCUCCAGAUCCCCAACGAAUGAUAGCCUCUUCUCACCAAAGAGGCAGGAGCUGGAGGACUUUGAAACUGUGUCAGACUUUGAGGUCCUGAUGAAGUCUUCUCACGGUCACAAUGGUCCCAAUGGACCUGAGAGAGAUGAAUUCAACAACCACAAAGAUUAUAACCAGGAGAAGCCCUCCAAGCUCAAGCAACGGUUCAUGUUAAAGAGAAACAAGCCAGAUAACAGCUGUCCAUCAUCUGCUCGCGUGUCAGAGGAAGUGAUGGCUGAUGACAGAGAUGAAUAUGAAUUCCUCAUGCAAGCUUCUACUCACUACUAUUCUGUGCGGAUCUUCCCUGGUCAGGAGCCCAGCAGUGUUUGGGUGGGCUGGGUAACCUCUGACUUUCAUCAGUAUGACCCAGGCUUUGAGCUGCACAACGUCCGAACUGUCACUGUUACCCUGGGAGAUGAGAAGGGCAAAGUUCAUGAGAGUAUAAAGCGCAGUAAUUGCUACAUGGUGUGGGCUGGAGAGAGCAGCAGUCCUGGUCAGGGGAGGAACAACAACGGCUUAGAGAUUGGCUGUCUGGUUGACACAACAAAUGGAUUGCUGACAUUCACAGCCAACAGCAAAGAGCUCAGCACAUACUACCAGGUGGAGCCCAGUACUAAGCUGUUCCCAGCAGUCUUUGCCAAGGCCACCAGCCCCAAUGUCUUCCAGUUUGAACUGGGGCGUAUUAAGAAUGUGAUGCCUCUGUCAGCUGGUCUGUUUAAGAGUGAGAGGAAGAACCCAGUGCCUCAGUGUCCACCACGGCUACAUGUCCAGUUUCUCACUCCUGUAUUAUGGAGUCGUGUCCCCAACCACUUCCUUAAGGUGUCAGCAUCCAGAGUGAAUGACAGACACGGCUGGCUGGUCCAGUGUAACGAACCUCUGCAGUUUAUGUCUCUGCACAUACCUGAGGAGAACAAGUCGGUGGAUAUCCUGGAGCUAUCAGAACAGAGAGGUUUAUUGAAGUUUCACUACCAUACCCUCAGACUGUAUUCAGCAAUCUGUGCUCUGGGAAACAACCGGGUGGCACAUGCCCUCUGCUCCCACGUAGACGAAGCACAGCUCCUGCAGGCUAUAGAGAAUAAGUACAUGCCAGGUUUGCUGCGUGCAGGCUACUAUGACCUCCUUAUUGACAUCCACCUGAGCAGCUACACCACGGCUCGUCUCAUGAUGAACAAUGAGUACAUUGUACCCAUGACAGAAGAAACCAAGAGCAUCACCCUGUUUCCAGAUGAGAAGAAGAAACAUGGCCUGCCAGGCAUUGGCCUCAGCACCUCUCUAAGACCCAGAAUGCACUUCUCAUCCCCAAGUUUUGUGUGUGGGACCGGACCAUCAUAUCGCAAUAACGGCAACAACGGAUCAGGGGACUGUUUCCAAUACAGCCCUGAAUUCCCCUUAGAUAUACUGAAAAUGAAAACCAUUGAGAUGCUAACAGAGGCAGUGCGGGAGGGAAGCAUGCACGUACGGGAUCCAAUAGGAGGCAGCACUGAGUUUCUCUUUGUCCCCCUCAUCAAGCUGUUCUACACUCUGCUUAUCAUGGGAGUUUUCCAAAGUGGAGAUCUAAAGAACAUCUUAAGACUGAUUGAACCAUCUGUGUUCUCUGAAAGACGGGAAGGGCAGGAGGACACGCACAUGGAGCUGGAGGUGGUGAAGGAGGGGGAGACUGAGGGACGAGGAGAGGAUGGAGGGAGGAAUAUGCCUAAAGAAGGAUUGUUACAGAUGAAGCUACCAGAGCCUGUAAAACUCCAGAUGUGCCACGUGCUGCAGUACCUGUGUGACUGCCAAGUACGUCAUCGUAUAGAGGCGGUAGUGGCCUUCUCUGAUGACUUUGUGGCCUGUCUCCAAGACAACCAGCGCUUCCGCUACAAUGAGGUGAUGCUGGCACUGAAUAUGUCUGCAGCCCUCACUGCCAAGAAGACCAAAGAGUUUAGAUCUCCUCCACAGGAACAGAUCAACAUGCUGCUGAACUUUAAGGAUGAGAAGCAGGAUUGUCCCUGUCCUGAAUACAUCCGGGAACAGCUGCUCGACUUUCAUGAGGACCUAAUGAGACACUGUGGUAUAGAGUUGGAUGAGGAGAGAGGGAUAGAUGGUGACAGUGACUUCACCAUCCGAGGUCGACUCAUUUCACUGGUGGAGAAAGUGGCUUACCUGAAGAAGAAGAUGGCUAACCUGCCAAAGGAGAAAAAAGACAGGAAACCCAGUACGUUACAGCAGUUGAUUUCAGAUACGAUGGUCCGCUGGGCUCAGGAGUCAGUUAUUGAGGAUCCAGAGCUUGUCAGAGCCAUGUUUGUCCUGCUGCACCGCCAGUAUGAUGGCAUUGGGGGACAGGUGCGGGCCCUUCCGAAGACCUACACUAUAAAUUCAGUAUCGAUUGAGGACACCAUCAACUUGUUGGCUGCUCUGGGUCAGAUUAGAUCUCUGCUGAGUGUGCGUAUGGGAAGAGAGGAGGAGAAACUGAUGAUCAGAGGGCUAGGUGAUAUCAUGAACAACAAGGUGUUCUACCAACAUCCUAACCUGAUGAGAGCUCUGGGGAUGCAUGAGACUGUCAUGGAGGUCAUGGUCAAUGUACUCAGUGGAGGAGACUCCAAGGAAAUCACCUUUCCUAAAAUGGUGGCCAACUGCUGUCGUUUUCUUUGUUACUUCUGUCGAAUCAGCCGUCAGAACCAGAAAGCUAUGUUUGACCACCUCAGCUACCUGCUGGAGAACAGCAGUGUUGGCCUUGCAUCUCCUUCCAUGCGAGGAUCUACUCCUCUGGAUGUGGCUGCAGCAUCAGUCAUGGAUAAUAAUGAACUGGCCCUGGCUUUAAGAGAGCCUGACCUGGAGAAGGUAGUCCAGUACCUGGCUGGCUGUGGGCUGCAGAGCUGUGUAAUGCUGGUGCGUAAAGGAUACCCUGACAUUGGUUGGAACCCUGUGGAGGGUGAACGCUACCUCGACUUCCUGCGCUUUGCUGUCUUCUGUAACGGUGAAAGUGUGGAGGAGAAUGCCAAUGUUGUGGUGAGGCUGCUGAUUCGCCGACCAGAAUGUUUUGGCCCGGCCCUCCGGGGUGAAGGUGGUGAUGGGUUGUUGGCAGCGAUGGAGGAGGCCAUCAAGAUCUCUCAGGAUCUCACCAGAGAUGGUCCCUCUCCUACAUCUGAGAGCAGCAAGACACUCAGUGACAUGCUGGAGGAAGAGGAAGAUGAUACCAUCCACAUGGGAAAUGCCAUCAUGACCUUCUAUGCUGCUCUCAUUGACCUGCUGGGUCGCUGUGCUCCAGAGAUGCAUUUAAUCCAUGCUGGUAAAGGCGAAGCGAUCCGUAUCAGAGCCAUUCUGAGGUCUCUGAUUCCUAUUGAAGACCUGGUGGGAGUCAUCAGCAUUCCAUUCUCCAUGCCCAGCCUGAAUAAAGAUGGGUUGGUGGUGGAGCCAGACAUGUCAGCUGGCUUCUGUCCAGAUCAUAAAGCGGCCAUGGUUCUGUUCCUGGACAGAGUCUACGGUAUAGAAGACCAAAACUUCCUGCUACACCUCCUGGAAGUAGGCUUCUUACCAGACCUGAGAGCUGCUGCCUCCCUAGACACUGUUGCUCUCAGUGCCACAGACAUGGCACUCGCCCUCAACAGGUAUCUGUGCACAGCUGUGUUGCCUCUCUUGACCAAAUGUGCGCCACUGUUUGCGGGAACGGAGCCAUUUGCCUCGCUGAUCGACUCCCUUCUCCACACGGUUUACCGCCUGUCCAAAGGCUGCUGCCUUACCAAGGCCCAGAGGGAUGCUAUAGAGGAGUGUCUACUGGCUGUUUGUGGUAAACUGAGGCCUUCAAUGAUGCAGCAUCUGCUGAGGAGGCUGGUGUUUGACGUUCCUCUGCUUAAUGAACACACCAAGAUGCCUCUAAAGCUGUUGACCAAUCACUAUGAGCGUUGUUGGAAGUAUUACUGCCUGGCUGGAGGCUGGGGCAGCUUUGGAGCUGCAUCAGAUGAAGAGCUUCAUCUCUCCAGGAAGCUGUUCUGGGGAAUAUUUGAUGCUCUGUCCCGAAAGCGCUAUGACCAGGAACUGUUCAAGCUGGCCUUACCAUGUCUCAGUGCUGUGGCUGGAGCUCUGCCUCCAGACUACAUGGAGUCCAACUACAUGGCCAUGAUGGAGAAACAGUCAUCCAUGGACUCAGAGGGAAAUUUCACUCCACAGCCUGCAGACACUACCAAUGUGACUGUCCCAGAGAAACUGGACUAUUUCGUAACCAGAUAUGCCGAGCACAACCAUGAGAAGUGGUGUAUAGAAAGGUUUUCCAAUGGCUGGUCAUAUGGGGACCAGAUCUGUGAAAUCUCCAAGAGCCACCCUUUACUAAAACCAUACAAAGGCCUCUCCGAGAAGGAUAAGGAGGCGUAUUGCUGGUCAGUCAGAGAGUCUCUGAAGACCAUGCUGUCAUGGGGCUGGAGCAUCGACAGGAUCAGAGAGGGCGACCCUGCCAGCCUCCACAAUAAGUCCAGGAGGAUAUCACAGGCCAGCCAGUUGUCUUUUGAAGGAGCUCCAGCUUUCAGCCCCAGACCAAUCGACAUGAGCAAUGUUACACUGUCCAGAGACAUGCAGUCUAUGGCAGAGCUGCUUGCAGAGAAUUAUCAUAAUAUCUGGGCCAGAAAAAAGAAAAUGGAGCUGGAAGCCAAAGGUGGAGGGAACCAUCCUCUGCUGGUUCCCUAUGAUACACUGACUGCCAAAGAGAAAUCCAAAGACAGAGAAAAAGCACAAGACAUUCUCAAGUUCCUCCAGAUCAACGGUUAUACUGUGUCCAGAGGUGUGAAGUCACAGGAGUUGGACACUCCAGCUAUAGAGAAACGAUUUGCCUACACCUUCCUGCAGCAGCUCAUCACAUACGUAGACCAGGCACACCAACACAUGAUGGAGUUUGACCUGGGAACAAAGCCAAAGGGAGAGAAGAUUCCUCAUGAACAACAGAUUAAGUUCUUUGGAAAGGUCGUUUUGCCAUUGGUGGAUCAGUACUUUAAAAACCAUAGGCUGUACUUCCUGUCCACAGCCAUCCAUCCAAUCAGCAGCGGAGGCCACGCCUCCAACAAGGAGAAAGAGAUGGUGACCAGUCUUUUCUGCAAACUGGGAGUUCUUGUCAGACAUAGGAUAUCCUUAUUUGGUAACAAUGCUACAUCCAUCGUCAACUGUCUGCAGAUACUGGGACAAAGCCUGGAUGCCAGGACAGUGAUGAAGACUGGUCUGGAGUCAGUGAAGGCAGCAUUACGGUUGUACUUUGACAGUGCAGCAGAAGAUCUGGAGAAGACACAGGAGAACCUGAAGUUGGGCCAGUUCACCCACAGCAGAGAGCAGCCACGAGGUGUCACUCAGAUUAUCAACUACACCACCUUCGCUCUGCUGCCCGUCCUCUCCUCUCUGUUCGAACACAUUGGACAAAACAUGUUUGGAGAAGACCUCAUAUUGGAUGAUGUCCAGGUUUCCUGCUACAGAAUCCUCAACAGCCUCUAUUUUCUGGGAACCAACAAAAGCAUCUAUGUAGAGAGACAGCGUCCAGCAUUAGGGAAGUGUUUAGCUGCCUUCUCAGGAGCCUUUCCUGUUGCAUUCCUUGAGCCUCACAUCAACAAGUUCAACAGCUUCUCUAUCUACAACAGCAAAGGAACUAAAGACAGAACAGCUCUAGGUCUUCCAGGGCAGGUGGGGGAGGUUUGUCCUCUGAUCCCAAACUUAGACAAGUGCCUGGAGGAGAUCAUGGAGCUGGCAGAGUCUGGCAUGCGAUACACUCAGAUGCCCCAUGUUAUGGAGGUGGUGUUGCCGAUGUUGUGCAGCUACAUGUCUCAUUGGUGGGAGCAUGGACCAGAGAGCAACCCAGACAAAGCUGACAGCUGUUGCACCUCGGUGACUUCUGAACACAUGAACACUCUGCUGGGAAACAUCCUCAAGAUCAUCUACAACAACCUGGGAAUAGAUGAAGGAGCCUGGAUGAAAAGGCUAGCUGUCUUCUCUCAGCCAAUCAUCAGCAAGGCCAAAGCCCAGCUGCUCAAGACCCAUUUUCUGCCUCUGAUGGAGAAACUCAAAAAAAAAGCAGCAGUUGUGCUGAUGGAUGAGGAACACAGCAAGGCAGAGGGGAGGGGGGAGAUGUCAGAGACAGAGCUUCUCAUCAUGGACCAGUUCACCAUACUGGUCAGAGACCUGUAUGCCUUCUACCCUCUCCUCAUAAGAUUUGUUGACUACAACAGGGCCAGGUGGCUGAAAGAGUCCAACCCAGAGGCUGAAGAGCUGUUUCGCAUGGUGGCCGAGGUUUUCAUCUUCUGGGCCAAGUCUCAUAACUUCAAGAGAGAAGAGCAGAACUUUGUGGUCCAGAAUGAAAUCAACAACAUGUCCUUCCUCAUCACUGACACCAAGUGUAAGAUGUCCAAGGGAAUAGUGUCCGACCAGGAGAGGAAGAAGAUGAAGCGGAAGGGGGAUCGAUACUCGAUGCAGACAAGUCUUAUAGUUGCCACUCUGAAGCGCCUGCUGCCUGUUGGACUCAACAUUUGCGCCCCCGGAGAGCAAGAGCUCAUCGCACUGGCCAAGAACCGCUUUACCCAGAAAGAUACGGAGGAAGAAGUUCGAGAGAUCAUCAGGAAUAAUCUCCAUUUACAGGGAAAGCUGGAGGACCCAGCUAUUCGUUGGCAGAUGGCUCUGUACAGAGACCUCCCCAAUCACUAUGAGGACACCUCUGACCCAGAGAAGACUGUGGAGAGAGUCCUGGAGAUCGCUCAUGUCCUCUUCCACCUAGACCAGGUUGAACAUCCUCAGCGCAGUAAGAAGGCUGUGUGGCACAAACUGCUGUCCAAACAGAGGAAGAGAGCAGUAGUUGCUUGCUUCAGGAUGGCGCCACUCUAUAACUUGCCCAGGCAUCGGGCUGUAAACCUGUUCCUACAGGGCUAUGAGAAGUCCUGGAUUGAGGCAGAGGAACAUUACUUUGAAGAUAAACUCAUAGAGGACCUCGCUAAACCAGGAGACCAGGAGCCAUCUGAGGAAGAGGAGGGGGUGAAACACAUUGAUCCGUUGCAUCAGCUCAUUCAGCUGUUCAGCAGAACAGCCCUCACAGAGAAGUGUAAACUGGAUGAGGAUAAUCUCUACAUGGCCUAUGCUGACAUCAUGGCUAAGAGUUGCCAUGAUGAAGAAGAUGAGGAUGGAGAGGAAGUGAAGAGUUUUGAAGAGAAGGAGAUGGAGAAGCAGAAGCUGUUGUAUCAGCAGGCUCGGUUGCAUGACCGUGGAGCUGCUGAGAUGGUGCUUCAAACCAUCAGCGCUAGCAAAGGUGAGAUGGGUCCUAUGGUGGCCUCUACUCUGAAGCUGGGCAUAGCUAUUCUUAAUGGAGGAAACUCUACUGUACAGCAGAAAAUGUUGGAUUAUCUGAAAGACAAAAAGGAUGUGGGCUUUUUUCAGAGUCUGGCUGGUCUGAUGCAGUCAUGCAGUGUUCUGGAUCUAAAUGCAUUUGAGCGGCAGAACAAAGCAGAAGGUCUGGGGAUGGUGACAGAGGAAGGAUCAGUCAUCACUCAUGAGCGUGGUGAGAAGGUCAUGCAGGAUGAUGAGUUCACCUGUGACCUUUUCCGCUUCCUGCAGCUGCUCUGUGAAGGACACAACUCAGACUUCCAGAAUUACUUGAGGACGCAAACAGGCAACAACACGACAGUCAACAUCAUAAUCUCUACUGUCGACUACCUCCUCAGAGUACAGGAGUCUAUCAGUGAUUUCUAUUGGUAUUAUUCAGGGAAAGAUGUAAUUGAUGAACAGGGCCAGAGGAAUUUCUCCAAGGCAAUUAAUGUGGCCAAGCAGGUGUUCAAUACACUCACAGAGUACAUCCAGGGUCCGUGUACUGGCAACCAGCAGAGUCUGGCCCAUAGUCGAUUGUGGGACGCUGUGGUUGGGUUCCUGCAUGUCUUCGCUCAUAUGCAGAUGAAAUUGUCUCAGGACUCCAGUCAGAUUGAGUUACUGAAGGAACUAAUGGAUCUUCAGAAAGAUAUGGUGGUCAUGCUGCUCUCUAUGCUGGAGGGUAACGUGGUGAAUGGCACCAUUGGGAAGCAGAUGGUGGACAUGUUAGUAGAGUCCUCCAACAAUGUGGAGAUGAUCCUCAAGUUUUUUGACAUGUUCCUCAAGCUGAAAGACCUGACCUCUUCAGAUGCCUUCAAGGAGUAUGACCCUGAUGGAAAAGGUGUCAUCUCCAAGAGGGACUUCCAUAAGGCCAUGGAGAGCCACAAACACUACACUCAGUCUGAGACAGAGUUCCUACUCUCGUGUGCUGAGACUGAUGAGAAUGAACUCCUGGACUAUGAAGAAUUUGUGGAGCGUUUUCAUGAGCCAGCCAAGGAUAUUGGCUUCAAUGUGGCGGUUUUGCUGACCAACCUAUCGGAGCACAUGCCUCAUGACACGCGGCUGCAGACCUUCCUGGAGCUUGCAGAUAGUGUCCUCAACUACUUCCAACCCUACCUGGGCCGGAUCGAGAUCAUGGGCAGUGCCAAGCGUAUUGAGAGGGUCUACUUUGAGAUCAGCGAGUCCAGUCGAACACAGUGGGAGAAACCUCAGGUCAAAGAAUCCAAGCGUCAAUUCAUCUUUGAUGUGGUGAAUGAAGGAGGGGAGAAGGAAAAGAUGGAGCUGUUUGUGAACUUCUGUGAGGAUACCAUCUUUGAAAUGCAGCUGGCGGCUCAGAUGUCUGAUGCUGGUGAGCGCUCAGCGGUGAAAGAGGAGAGUGAGCGAGAGAAGCCAGACGAGGAGAACCCUGAGUUGGGCUUCUUCUCUGUUACCACUGUCCGCAUGGCUCUGUUGGCUCUGAGAUACAACGUCAUGCUGCUGAUAAAGGUCCUGUCCAUGAAGAGUUUGAAGAAGCAGAUGAAGAAGAUAAAGAACAUGACAGUGAAGGACAUGGUGACCACCCUGGUGUCCUUCUACUGGUCAGUGCUGCUGGGCCUCCUCCAUGUGGCGUUCAGUGUGGCCCGAGGAUUUUGCAGAAUCUUCUACAACACCUUCAUGGGAGGCAAUCUGGUGGAGGGGGCCAAGACUAUAAAGGUGUCAGAGCUGCUGGCCAACAUGCCUGACCCCACCCAGGAUGAGGUGAGGGGUGAAGGGGAGGACAGAGAGAGGAGAACCUCUGACCGCAGCUCCCCAAAAGAGGACCUGGCUGACCUGGCAGUGAACACCAGUGAGACAGAGCUGCUGUCAGACAUUUUUGGCCUUGACUUAAGAAGAGAGGGAGGCCAAUACAAGAUCACCCCACAUAACCCUAAUGCCAGCCUGACCGAACUGCUCAACUCCCCAGUUCCUUCCCCAACCCCCCCAACCCCACCCACAGCAGCACCUGAGCUCAGACGGAGGCAUCAUUCAAAGAGCUCUACCUCAGAGGAGAAGGAAGCAACAGAAACAGAAUGUGAACCUGAGAAAACAGAGAGUGGACAUGUAGAGAAACAAGAGAAACAACAGAAGAAUGAGAAGAUGAAGCCAAAAGUCAGAAGACACCACACCUCAAAGUCUGAUGAACCAGAUCUACAGGAGUCUGCCUUCUUGAAGAAGAUCAUAGCCUACCAGAGGAAACUACUGAACUACUUUGCCAGGAAUUUCUACAACAUGAGGAUGCUGGCGCUGUUUGUUGCCUUUGCAAUCAAUUUCAUCCUCCUGUUCUAUAAGGUUUCUACAUCCUCGUCAGUGGUUGAGGAAAGGGAGGUGGUGUACACCAGCAGCCAACCAGACAGCAGCGUUCAGUGGGAUCCUCUCGGAGGAGAAGCAUUGGAGACAAAGGAGGACGUGGUGGAUGAGGCUAGAGAGCUGCUGAAGCCUGUCACAGUUCGUUUUGUCUUGGAGGAGAGCAGUGGAUACAUGGAGCCCAUGUUACGGAUCCUGGCUGUCCUGCACACUGUCAUCUCCUUCUUCUGCAUCAUCGGAUACUACUGUCUCAAGGUGCCACUGGUGAUCUUUAAGCGUGAAAAGGAGGUGGCCAGGAAGCUGGAAUUUGAUGGUCUUUAUAUCACAGAACAACCAUCUGAGGAUGACAUCAAAGGACAGUGGGACAGACUGGUAAUCAACACACAAUCUUUCCCCAACAACUACUGGGAUAAGUUUGUGAAGAGGAAGGUGAUGGAUAAAUAUGGAGAGUUCUACGGCCAUGACCGCAUCAGUGAGCUGCUGGGAAUGGACAAGGCUGCUCUGGACUUCAGCGACUCUCACAAAAAGAGAAAGCCCAGGAGAGACAGCUCAUUGGCUGCUGUGCUGAACUCCAUUGAUGUCAAGUACCAGAUCUGGAAGCUGGGGGUUGUGUUCACAGACAAUUCCUUCCUGUAUCUGGCCUGGUAUAUGACCAUGUCCAUCCUGGGUCACUAUAACAACUUCUUCUUUGCUGCCCAUCUGCUCGAUAUUGCCAUGGGCUUCAAGACACUCCGAACCAUCCUGUCCUCAGUCACACACAAUGGCAAACAGCUGGUGUUAACAGUUGGCCUGUUAGCAGUGGUGGUGUACCUAUACACAGUAGUGGCCUUCAACUUCUUCAGGAAGUUCUACAACAAGAGUGAAGAUGGAGAACUGCCAGACAUGAAGUGUGACGACAUGUUGACAUGCUACAUGUUCCACAUGUAUGUUGGAGUGCGUGCAGGCGGGGGCAUUGGUGAUGAGAUCGAGGACCCUGCUGGAGAUGAGUUUGAGGUGGAGCGCAUCGUCUUCGACAUUACAUUCUUCUUCUUCGUCAUCGUUAUCCUCCUGGCCAUCAUCCAGGGGUUGAUCAUUGAUGCUUUUGGAGAGCUGAGGGACCAGCAGGAACAAGUGAAAGAAGACAUGGAGACAAAAUGUUUUAUCUGUGGAAUAGGUAAUGACUACUUUGACACAGUGCCACAUGGCUUUGAAACGCACACGCUACAGGAGCACAACCUAGCCAACUACCUAUUCUUUGUGAUGUAUCUCAUCAACAAAGAUGAAACAGAGCACACAGGCCAGGAGUCUUACGUAUGGAAGAUGUACCAGGAGCGUUGCUGGGAGUUUUUCCCUGCAGGUGACUGUUUCCGGAAACAAUACGAAGAUCAGCUCAACUGAUCUGUUCUUGGGGCAACAAGCUUUCAUACUGUAACCUGUUCAAGGCCCUCUACAGACAUCUUCCCUUUGCUUAUCCCUCAAACCUUUCUUACUGCUCUCUAAGGAGUCCCUGUUCCAGUGAACGAUGGGUUCUAUACUCGGCUCCCAGUCCAGGAGGAAUCUCCAGCGUCCUCUACAGGCCCCGCCCUAAGCCUUCCUCCCAGCUCUUCCUCAUCCAGACACUCAAUUCGCCAGCUCUGCCCCAACUUCCAGCACACUUUGUUUGGAAUGCUUCUAACUCUGACUUUGUACAUAGAAAAUAUCAGAGUAUAUGCUGUACAAUAUGUGACUGGUGGCACGUCAAGGUUUUUGGCUCAGAUGAUGACUUCUUUGCUUCAUCUUAUUCUACAUUCACAGUAACAAGCAAAAAAUACAAAGGAAUAAUGGAGCAAGAGCAAAAGGAAGGACCCAAAGAUGGACAGAGGAGGAGAGUGGAGAGAAAAUGAAGAGAGAAUUUUUCCUGAAAGACUUUCAGGACAAUGAUCGAUACACAAAGAGCAAACAUUAGUAUGAUGAUGUUUACGACUUUUCAUGUGUACAAUGCACGUUGCAUGUAGGUACAGGGGGUGGACACAAAGAAGGAACACCUACAACCCUGCUGUAAUCCAACACAACAGCUCUGCAAUAAAUGUGACCUUUGAGAAGCCUAUGGAUCUGCUUUGUUAAAACUGUCAAAGGGGUGGGGAUUAAACUCUGAGGUAUCCUUUUUUUUAGUUUGUGGUACAUGCCAAGCAGAAAGAUGUGAGGUGCCUCUACAUAAUCUAAUCCAGCACACCACCAAACUACACAAUUACCACAGAGUCGAAUCAACACCUCUUUGACAAUGUCACAAACACUGAACAUCCUGAUCCUUACAAAUAGAGCCGUUGUACUGGAUUGACUUAAAAUAUAGUUUACAGAUGUUAAUAUCGUGUCCACACCCUGUACAUGCCAACACUGUGUGUGAAGGGCUCCUUAACUAAGUGUUCACAUCAUUAGCAACAUAAUCAGCAGUCCAUUUGUUCCAGUGGAGCUGAGUGAGCUGGAAACCCAGCCAACAUACGGACGUCAACAAGUCAUGAUUCUCCAUCAGCUUGCAAGUUAUCAUCUUUUUUUAAGAUAACAGAAGUAAAUAAAUGUCCCAAAAACUAUGCUUGCAAAAUGGUUGAAUCCAUUGUUGACAUAAUGUUUACUAUUUUUUUUUUUCUUUUAUUUGAUCUUUUGCCCCAGUAGCAUCAUGGUUUUAGGAUAGUGUCCAGCAAGCUGGUUCAGAUCAAUAUAUGUGGGAAACUACUGGUCAGAUUGCCAUGGAAUUUACUGAACACAUGAUUUAACAUUCAGACAAUUGUCUAGCCCCGCUACAGGUCAAGGCUCUAAGAAUAACUAAAUUCUGCAUGUUUGUUCUGUCCAACAGUAUUUUGGUGUGUAAGAAACAUCAUAGCCUCUAGGUGUCCCUAUCGGAGCUUUAGACUGUCUUUUUUCAAUUAAUGCUACUUAAUUAGGGCUUGCUCCGUACAUUUGUUAAUCAAACGAUGUAGUUUUAUGAAAGCAAUACCAAAGCAGCAAAAAAGUGAUUUGUCUGUUUCAGACUUUAUAGCUGCCGACAAAGUUAGCGCAUGCUUAUUAGCUAAGAUAAAUAAUCAGCCGGGCUGGAGCAACCCAUCAGUUAGAUCAGGAGGACAGGCUGAAGACAGAUGAUGAUCAAUGUUUGGAUGAAAGCAGAAGGAGUGGAGACAGGAGGAUACAGUGCCUUACUAAGCCAGGGGUGAGUUAUGCAAGCUGGAGGAGGAGAGAGGAAUGUCAGAGAAUAUAAUGUAGAGACUGAGGAUAAGACCGAGAGCUGGGUGACGGCAUGUUUAUGAAAAACAGAAAUAUACCACAUGUGAGCACUAUAGGAAAGUAGAAAUUCAGACGGAAGAAGGACGGGGAGAGAAAUGCCCUCAGGAUUUUGUUAUUACAAAUAUAACAUGACUGGCAUUUCUCACUGGUUCUUACGCUAUUUGGUGCAGACCUUAGUAUAAAUAUCCACAUUAAAAAUAAUUUAAAUUUUCAGUUGUGCUUGCAUUAUAGCUUUAUACAGUGAAAAAGGGGUGUUACAAUUUUAUUUAAGAUAUGUUUUAAUCAAUUCUGUUUAAUUAUACAUUACUGUCAGAUGAUUAAGUUGUCUUAUAAAGUUCUGGGAUGUCAGGUUUCAGUUUGAAAUGACCAUUUCAAUCGCCAAAAUACAUGUUGACAUUGUACGUGUCUGCAAACCACAGUUAUGUUUGUAAGUUUCAUAUGAAGCAUUCAUAUGAUAUGUUAAAACUUUAUGUUACAAUUUUAUGUUAUAACAACACUGUGGUUAACGUGUGGUUAGGUUUUGGUACAAAAAAAACCACUUGUUUAGGUUCAGGAAAACAACUGGUUUUGCCAGAGGGUUAGGGUUAACCGUUAUCCUCUAACCCUCUAACCCUAACCUCCUAAUGCUACAAACAUGGUGAGAAAUGUCCCAAACUUGUUUGAAAAUACCUUCUUUUCUCGCUGCAAACAAAGCUGCCUAAGUCCACAAUUCUGGUUUUAAAAUACCUGCCUCUGUUGCUACAAACACGAUUGAACAUUAUGGAAAUCUUUGUUAAAAUAUAUUAGGUUUGGUCGUGACAAACAAGGCUGGAAAUGCCCCAAAUCCUUGUUAAAAACAACCGCAUUUGACACUAAAAACACUGGACAUGUCCUGAAAUACCAGGUUUGGUCACGACAAACAUGGUUGGAAAUAUCUCAAACUUGUGUAAAAAAAACACCCACUUGUGUUAGUCUUGAAAAGUGCUCUGGUGCUGUCUGCUGCCUGGCAGACAUCUCCUCUAGGUGUCACACCAUCCCCUCCCCCUCCUCCCUUGAUGAGAAACUCAGCUCAUGUCCAUGUAAUCCCACUACAUCACUUAAGAAAUGUUUAUGAUGUGUAUGAGAUGUACAAAUUCAGAAAUCUGUGGUUUUCAGAAAUGUACAGCACCAACAUUUAUCCUGGCAUCUGGGCUGAAAUGACAGCAGCAAAUGAGGUCAUACUUCAUACUGACUGUAAAUUGAGUGGAGAUUUUUAACAGCAGGCGUGGAGUGUGGCAUUAGUGGUAGUGUUGUAAUAAGAGGAACCUCCACUUUCCUUAAACUUAGUAUGCUGUUGUGCAACUUGUCCUGUGCAAAUGGCUUUUUCAUUUUAACAGAAGCAUUCAGUUCCUUUGGAUGGCUCCAUAUACACUUACAGUUGUCAGUUUAUUUGGUUCACCAAAUUGUACUAAUACAGUUUAAGAGAUGUGUUGAUUCAACUGUUUUGUGGUGCUUGAGGUGUUUAUAGUAUUUAAUCAACUACUAAUAAUUUAUAUAAAUGGGGAGUACAAAAUAUCAGAAACACUUCUGAGUAUAAACAGGCAAACAAUAGCCUAUAGUAAGUUGUAUUGCUGGGUUGGUAGACUGCAUAAGUUUCAGCCAGGUGGACCAAAAAAACUUGGAACUGUGUGUAUACCACAACACUUCCAGAACAAGCUCCAUGUGCGUGAUUGCUGUUCCAACAGUUUCCAUAACACUUAACAGUAUUAAUCAUUUAUCAGGCUGCCAUACCAUCAACUUUAAAGAUGGAUUCAUCUUGUUAUUUUAGCUUUGUGUCAGUACACACUCUGCUGCAGACACAUACUGUAAACAUUCUGUCUCAUGCAAUAUGGGAGUCAACAUCAAGAGACAGAAUUCCAUCAUCCAUAUCAAUAUGUUGGAUUAUAAGUUCUUUCUUUUUUCAACCUUUUUAUUUUAAUUGUUACACCCCUCACUGCAAAGCAGGAAGAUUCACUGACAGUGUUAAAACCUUCCAAAGAAAACAUUUCAUGACUCAUGAAGUCUGACCUUGUAGGACUUGGGUGCGCAAAGGUUGAAUGAAUUAAAUAAAAAAAUUAUAGUAUCAGAAACAAAAUAAUCUAUUUAAAGCAUAAUUAUUAUUGCAGUAUUGUUUAUUUUUCAUAUUCUUACUGAUUCAUUCCUCAGUGAUAUGAAAUGUGUGUUGUUAUAAUGAAUGCUCAGAGCUGGCAAAUGUCCUGGAAACAUUUUCAAAUGAGGAUUGUUUAUUUGAUGUUUUUUGGGUUGUUGUUUUUUUGGGGUUUUUUUUUUUUGUUUUUUUGGUGGUGAUCUUAUGCAAUACAGCAAAGAGAGUUACUCUUUUUAUAUAGACGUUCUCCAAAAGAAUAUCUCAGAAAAAAAUGCCAUUGCAUGUUUAUUAUGCGGGUUUAAUUAUCAAGUAUAACAAAGACACUGAAUCUAUGUCACCCAUAAAUUGUUUGAUAGGAUUAUUUAAGAUGAAUUAAGAUUUCUGUAUUAUUGUAUUUAAGUGUUGUGGGCUUCACUGUAACUCUUCAAGUCAUUUGCCACGAGUGCAUCCCUCCGAAAAAAAAAGACAAAAAGUGGCUGCUGCUUUUCUCUCACUUAACCAUCUCUGUUUUAAUAUACUAUGAGUCAGAGGUUUGUUUAAGUAUCAUUUGGUUUUAAGCUCAAGCAAUAGCCCUUCAGGGAGUGUAUGGGAGGUGACCAACCAUUGUAAAUUGCAAACAAAGGCGAAACAAAUAAAAGCUUGCUUAACUUUGUCUCAAUUUAAAAAUAAAAUUAUUUAUUCAUUUAUUAUCUAUGUAUUUUAUUUACUUAACAGAUAAUGGUAAGGGAAUAAAGCUGAGACUCUGUUCAAUUAGUUUUACCACUUAAUCUUAAAGGUGCAAUAUAUAUAAAAAAAUAUUUUGUUGGCUCUAUGCACAUAACCACCAUUACAUACAUAUAGGUUUGUCUGAACAUCGCCUGUCACUUUUUUGUUUCUGCUAUCAGCUUUCCAAAACAGGUACAGGAAGUCCUAUUUUGUAAACCUGCUGAGAAUGGCAUGGCAUACCCUCUGUGCUCAGUUUGGUUUUUCUAAAACCCAAGUUACCAUGAGUGAAGUUUGUUAAAGGUGAAUUGAGCUUCAGACUCUGAAAUACUUCAAUAGUGAUGAAUUAGGAUCAUGUUUCUUAGACCAGUAAGGUCAGUAUAAAGACCCAAAGUAUUUAAUAUUAAACAAGUAAACAAGAUAAAUUAAUCAUAUAAUCAAAUCAUAGACUGUAUAAAAUAAUAGAUAUAGCCACCAAGACAUCACGCAGUAGUCAGUGAACUUAUGUUUUAAAGCCUCUACUCUGGCAUUUUGGCCGUCACCAUCUUGCUUUUUUUGGAACCAGAUGUAACAGAAGUGGUAGCUGUUAGCUUAGUUAGCACAGUUCAUUUACAGCUAUGGUUAACUGUGAUAAUGCUAAUGCUAAUUUUCAUGAACAAAAACAGGCCUAAAAGCAAUAAAACAAAAGGUACCUACCUGAGAAAACUGAAGAUUUGACUCCUUUGAGGGUCUUUUAGUACAACUAAUCGCUGAACAAGACAUUUUUAGAUCAUCGGUAAAUCUGGGGUUACGCCAUUGUUACGUUACCUGACCAAUGUUGUUGCCAUGAUAGCGACUCUUCAACGGACGGCAACCACCUGUCACUCAAAGCGACUGCACCUUUAAUUAUGCAGAACUUUAAACCAUGAUAACAUUUUAACGGAUGAGUUAUAUAAAAAUUCACUCCCAUAAGGUUGUCAUAAAUGUUAAAAUUACAUUUAAAGACCAAAACAUUUUUUGCACCAGGCUGUAAACAUAUUUAUUUCUGCUAUAAAGUUGGGCAUUUUAACAUGGAAGUCUAUGGGGAUUUACUCACUCUUGGAGCCAACCUCAAGUGGCCAGUUGGUUGGUUUCAUUUUUCAAUCCCCAGAAACUGAUGGAACCAAAUGCAUAAUUAACCCUGAAAUUGUGUGAUAAUCUAAACGUUUUUAAAACUCAUUAUUACGAAGUGAUAUUUAAUCCAGAGGCAGGGCCAGUUGUAUGAUAGGCGGAUCACUCAUUCAGGGCCUGAUACACAACUGUUUCUGCCCCGUUUGUCUUGACCACCUUUGUGAGAAAAAGUGUGAAAAAUUAUGAAACAAAACAAACUUUAGUGAGGGCAUUUAAUGGUUAUAUCAUUUGUAUGCAUUUAUUUAUAUAUAGUAAUUUCUUAUUAAAUAUUGAAUGUUUUGGGUCUCCAUAAUAAGCGACUUACAUGAUGCAGUUACCAGUAGCAUCUUAGCUUUUGCUACGUUACCAAUGUCAGCUAACCACAGCUAAUAAGAGUGGUACUCCUGCUGUGAAAAACAUGGAUGAAAUGUGACUGUGAGAAAUUCCAUCAUACAAUUUGCGUGCAAAGACGUGCUGCCAACUAGAGGCUGCUAAAAAGCCUCCUUUACUGAUUGCACCUUUAAUGUUGAGUGAGGAUGCAUGUGCGAUUUACAUUUAGCACACAUGACUAUACAAGUAUGAUAAUACAGUGUUACAGUUGCAACCAGCCAGUGUGGGUGUUACGUAAAAUGCAGUGUGCUCAUUAUGCCAUGCUGAUGUCAUACCUAUUUUUUACUUUUUAUUUUCAUUGCAAUACCACAUCAGACCGAAUAAUGCCAUUACAAAGUGGUAUUUUGCUCAUGUAAAAAUAUAGAUUUUCCAUAUGUACCACAGAGGGGGCAUGUUUAGUUUGCCACACAGUAGUGCAUCAUGUAGACUUUUUGAGUAGGCUGUUGCUACUUCUGAGAGAUAAAUGUAUAAAGAGGGACUGAGUCUAUGAGUAAUGAAUGGAUUUGCAUGAUUUUGAAAAUAAAACUUUAUUUAUUAA